AUGAGCUCCGUUUGCAUGUCCAGUUGUUUGACGGACGCUAGAGGUCCUCGGGUGCCGUAUAGGGCUAAUUAUGUGAAUCUCUACAAGUGGCCCGAGUCGGACGCCGAGUUCGUGAGGUCUAGGAGCUCACGCGCCACCGUGCAUGGCGGAUACGCCGGCGUCGUGGUGGACAGUGUGUGGUGUAGGCAGAUGUAUCUGAGGAGCUAUAGGUUUACCAGGAGAGAAACUGUGGCUGAAAAGAGCUUGAAAUGGUUUGGGAGAGUCAAAGAGAAGACGAGGAAGAAGAGGGUACAAAUGAGACGUAUUAGGAGAAGGAAGUGUUUGGUUUGGAGGAAAAUGAAGGUGGCAUUGUUUAGGUUUUUCAAUAGACUGCUUGCUUGCUCUGCUGCUGUAGAUGUUGCCGGUCAAAGGCCUGUUUUCUUCUGA